CAAUGCGUUAACUGUCGAGCUGCACAACGUGCAUGAAGAGAGAGAGGGAGAUGAAAUAGUGCCCUGCAGACUGACAGACACAAUAGUGCCAGCAGAGGUGACUCGCCGUGGAUGCUCUCCCCCUUGCUGCAUGUGGCCUUUGAACCUAUUGUGUUGUGUCGCGGGUGACGUCAGUGCCGUGUGCGGGAGACGGAGCGGCGUGUGCGCCUGGCGAGACAAAGGCGGCGGACCGACCGGGGUCAGGCAGCAGCAGAGAGCCGAGAGCCACUGUGUGUGUUUUAACUCAAAGGUACCCGCUAACCUUGGAUUUCAGCUGCCGUCCUCCCGACGUUGCGCAGAAUGAUGACCCAGUGACACACCCAGGAAUACGCGUUGACUCCCGCAGAAAGAGAAAAAAAACAACAGCGGUCUCUUUUCGGGUUUGAACGUUUUUCUCCAACGCCCCCCGUUUGGAGAGCUAGCCAGCUAACCAGCUAGCUCCUGGUCUCCCGGCUGCUCCUCAUCUUCCUCUUGAGAACUUGGCGUCGACCGAAGGCAGGACCUCGUCGACAAAGGCGAGAUAAAAAGCGGGUCAGCUCACUCUCAUCAGGCACUCGCGAUCUGAUGUGAGAUCCACGGAGAGACUAUGCCUAGUCCUUUAUUCCACCCCGAGAUUAUGGACCACGACGUGGGGAUCAGCAGCCAGCACAACGGGGUCGGUCUGUCCCGAGAGACAGACCAGGAGAUCCGGGAAGAGGACCACCAAGAGGCGCUCCGCUUCGCCCUGGACCAACUGUCACUCAUGUCCCUGGAUAAGGUAGACUGUGGGGGCGGCUUGCUUGUCGACACCCUGGACGGGACCCAGGGUUCCGAGGGCUGCAACGGCGUGGGCGGAAGCGGCUACAUGGACCUGCAGAUGCUGGAGCAUCCCAACGGAUCCCAGGACUCGCCGACGUCUUGUUCUCCAUCUCCGGAGUACUACGGCUCGGGCGGGUACCACAUGGCCGGCUCGCACGCGAUGCUCCACGGAGAACAAAGCUCCGUCCUCUGCAGCAGGAAGAGAAGUGUCAACAUGACUGAAUGUGUGCCUGUCCCCAGCUCUGAACAUGUGGCGGAGAUAGUGGGCAGACAAGGUUGUAAGAUUAAGGCCUUGCGUGCGAAAACAAAUACCUACAUAAAGACUCCAGUCCGAGGUGAGGAGCCAGUUUUCAUUGUGACGGGACGCAGGGAGGAUGUGGAGAUGGCCAAGCGUGAAAUUGUCUCCGCAGCUGAGCAUUUCUCUAUGAUUCGGGCGUCCCGCUGCAAAGCUGGAGGGCCUGGAGGAGGAGGAGGAGGAGCAGCAGCAGCAGCAUCAUCAACAGCAGCAGCGGCAGGAGGCACCAGCAGCGGUGGGGGUGGCUCUCUUCCUGGACCACCACACUUACCUGGACAGACCACUAUACAGGUGAGGGUUCCAUACAGAGUAGUUGGUUUAGUUGUUGGACCAAAAGGAGCAACAAUUAAGCGCAUCCAGCAGCAGACCCACACCUACAUCGUGACACCGAGUAGAGAGAAAGACCCAGUGUUCGAGGUGACCGGCAUGCCAGAGAACGUAGACCGAGCGAGAGAGGAGAUCGAGACCCAUAUCACCCUGAGAACUGGAACCUUUGUAGACCUGCAGGGAGACAAUGACUUUCACUCGAACGGCACCGAUGUCAGUCUAGAAGGCCUGGGUGCCCUGAGCGGAGGCCUAGGGUCGUCUCUGUGGUCUAGGGCUACUGGCCACCAUUCUGCCCCCCCUCCUCCUCCAGCCUCCCCACCUCCUCCUCCUCCUAUUCCCAUGUCCAUGCAUCACUCAUCUAACCGGAAGAUGUCGUCCUCGGUAACCUAUCACACUCACAACGGUGCAAUGAGCUCAGACAACUUUAGCAGCAAUCGCAAGGCCAACGAGGGAGGCAGCCCCACUAGCCCUUUUAGCACAGGCUCCAGCAGUGCUGGAGGGGGAUUCACUUUCGGGGGCGACUCCACCCCAGGACUGCCCUCCUCAGAUGAACUGGGCUUUGAGUUCAGUGCCGCUAACAUCUGGGCACCUUUCGUCAAUGGUGGACCAGGCAAUAAGACGUCUGGCUCCUCCCAGCAGCAUUCUCUGCGUCGCAACAGCAGCGGCCUCAGUGGCGGCGCCAUCACUCCACGAUUGUCUCCAACUCUGCCUCAGGACACGGGCGUGGGCCCCCUGGAUCAUCCUUUAGCCCGCCGCGCACAGAGCGACCCCCUCAGCACUCUCUCCUGGUUACAGUCUGGCAGUGCAGGAGGUGGCUCCUUCUCUGGAGCGUCUAGCUCCAGCUCCGGUGGAUCUUCGACCGGGUACUCCUCUUGCUCAGCCUCCUCCCUGCCUGGGGGCUCACCCACUGACUCCGAGGGCGGUAGCAGCGGCGUGGGCCUCAGUUCUGUGAUGCUGAGCCGGCUGAAAGGAAGCUUUGGCCCCGGGGUCCCGGGUCUUGUCGGAGUCAGCCCCGGGAUCAACAGGGACUGCUUUGUGUGUUUUGAGAGCGAGGUGACAGCAGCCCUGGUGCCUUGUGGCCACAACCUGUUCUGCAUGGAGUGCGCUGGCCAAAUCUGCCAGUCAGCUGACCCAGAGUGCCCCGUCUGCCACACCCCCACUACACAGUGCAUCCGCAUCUUCUCCUAAUGCCCUGGCCUGGGAGUGGGAUGGGAGAUCAAAUAUAAGGGGGCAGGAAGAAGACUAAAGUGGGGCAUCAGCUGUGGCGGAGGCAAUGGAAGGAUUCACACUAAUAACUUUCACACACACAUGAUGGACCAUAAUAAAUGCAUAAUGGAGAUGAUGAUACGAUACGGAUGGGUUUUUUUUGGUCAAGAUUAAUAAUAACAAUAAUAAUUACAAUGACUUAUUUUCAGAGCGAAGCUAAUUGAAACUGGAUCUUCAGACAGUUGGGGUUCAGUCUCUCAGUGGUGAACUUUUGGAUGGAAACUAGUGUCUUAUCUCUCUUCAGGCCUUCAUUUUGACCUGAAGCAGCCUGCUGCACUGCUGGCUGCCGGUCUGUCUCAACUUUUCUUCAUUCUGGCUUCUUCAGAUCUCUACCUGCUUUUUCUCACAGCCUUUCCUUUUGACACUUUUGUACUUAACAGAUAUUUUUCAAUGAAGCUGUCAAUGAUGCCUGCACUUUUUUACUCCUUGUUUUAAUGUUCUUGACAGGACGCAAACCGUUCCAACUAAGCCCCUUGCUUUCUCCUCUUGCCCACUCAUGCUGUUGCUUAAGCGGCAUAGUUGCUAUUUUUCUGCAAGCUUGGAACUUUUUUAAAGGUCCACAUGUAGUCUGGCACCUAUCGGAACAAUACACCAGGGGACCUCUUACGGAUGACUUCCUGUUUCUCUUUGCCACACAAAAGCCACCAGUAAUGCCAAAUGAAGGCUAUUAAUAGACUUCUCUUAAAUUGAUCAAAUUCAUUAGCGUGUUGGAUGAAUUUGGAUGCCCCGCAUUUCAAAUGUGGCCGCUGCAUUAAUUCACAUGAAUUAUCCUUUUACAGAGAAACGUACCAUUAGUAAUACUAUAGGAAUGUUUCUGAGGUCAGUUCUCUGUAUGUUUGGGCUGCCUGAUGAUUCCUUCCCACAAUCCCACAUCUCUCUCACUUUCUUGCGUGUAUUUGAAUAAUGCCCACUCGUGCGGUUUUCCCAUCAGCACCAUUACGUAGUGCUCGCCAGGAGAAGAUCUGAUUUCUGUCCUGCUGCCCCUCUCUGUCACUCUCACAGUCUUACAGGAGAACAUCGCUCUGUUUCAUCCACAACAGGACAUUUGGCUUUCACAUCCUGUCUGUUACACUCGAAUCGGCUCAUUUAGCAUUUUUUUAAAAAACUUUUUUGACUCUCAUACAUAUUUUGAACUCUAGGAUAAGAUGGGGCUUCUCUGAUAUCACACGUGAAUGUUUUGUCCAAUACGGUUAUGGAAGGGCGCCCUCUCCUCCCCACAUGAAACAAUAACAAGGGGCUCGAUAGAACAAUUUCUUUUCAUGCACUGUAACUCCCGGCCCCUCUAAAAAGAGAUAAGAAACGGCUCUUACUGUUUUUGUUUUGGUCUUCCACCCCACUCUCACAGCCAAGCUGUAUGGCACUCUCUCGGAUGACACUCGUACCCAUACAGCGCUGUACUCCUGGCCAAACGCGGUGCACUAUAUGGUUAAUUGUUUGAGAUUUGUCCAAUGUUUUCAAAGCAUUACUGAGUAACUCCAGGUGAGGCAGUUGCAUUCUGUUUUGUGUUAAUGGUUUUUAAAGAAUUCAGUGUGCGUUUGCAGUAACCGCCUCCUAUAGUGUUAAUACUGUACGUAUGACUUGGGCAAUGUUGGGGCGACGGUUUUAGUUUGUGGCCCUUUUUUGAACAUGCAUGGAAUCAGCUCAUUGAAUGAGACAAGCCAUGACGACCGAAUUUAAACGACACAUUUAAUUCUCAAGGGCUUCCUCUGACUGCACAGACACACAAUCACAUGUUCAGGCUCACACGCACUAGGUAGAACUUAUCCUUUAUGGCAGCUAGUAGCUAGGUCAUCCAGGGCUUCCAGACACACUUUGUGUUCAAAUCCCAGCAGCUGCAGAAUGUUUUUCUUUUUUCCCCUCCUUUUUCUAACUGUUCCUACACGGUCAUCACAUCCGAAUCCUAUCAAUAGAGCGCAGGGCAUUGCAGUCCCAGUGUGUCCUCCUCUGGACGUAGUCUCAGAUCAGGAAGGGUUUUAAUAUCAAGGGAACAAAGGAUACCUACUUGAGUAAAUAGUUAGUGAGAAUGAGCAGUUUCUGCUGUGCUUUAGGGUACUUCUGCCAGUAUGAUAUGUUGGACUUAUUUUCUGUCCGACAUUUCUGAAGUUAGGUGACGAGGGCAGCAGCAGCUGCACAGAGGAAUCUAAUAAGCCGCUGUCCUGUUGCAGUCAUGCACUAAUUCAUGUGUAGGAAAGAUCUGCCCAGGAGCUAAAGCGGUAGUCUUUGUGAAGACUAUCCCAUGGUGCUUUGGUGCAACUCUACUGAAACGCUGCGAUCAACAAACCCAGUUAGUAGUGGGAGGCCUCAAACUAAACCUGCAGUGCACAGUAGACCUGACAACCCUGUUAUCAUUCCCCCCCCCCCCCCCCCCCCCCCCCCUUAGCUCUGGUGUCAAACGGUGCAUUACUUGUGCGCACUCGGAACAGAUGCAGGGCUGUGCACGCGUCAAAAUGAACAGAUCCGUCGAGACUGUCUUGUGAGUCUGAGGCCAAUAUUAAAGCCCCUUUUCAAACUGUUCAAGGCGACGAGUUAAAGGAAUUAAACGUGUUGUAUUUGCCAGGAGGGUCUAAUGUAAAUCCUUGUGUUGCACUGGGAUACUUCUGGCCAAUGAGAGAAUGUUAUGGUUUAAUGUACAGUAGUUUAAUUGUUUAAAAGGUACAAAGUUUUUCAGAUUGACUGCUGAUUUUUUUUUUUUUUUUUUUUGCCAAAAUCGCCCCUCCCCCAUUUCCUUCCUAAAGGUUUGAAAACAGGGUUUCCUGAGUCAUGCUAGCCAGUGACCUCUGACCUUUUUUGUGAUUAGAGGGGGGGGGGGGAUUCAAAGAGAGCCAUGCCAGUAAGGGGUGACACCCCUCAAGCCGCCGCUCUCCUAUUUUUGGCUUUAAUUCUUUGUAUGCAGAACCAAAAUGUAAAACGUUGACAAACUAGGUUUCAGGCCUGACCUGUGUGCGUGCGUGUGUGUGUGUGUGUGUGUGUGUGUGUGUGUGUGUGUGUGUAUAUAUAUAUAUAUACCAUGAAUACAAUCAUUGGGAUCUUGUUUUCAAAAGCAAAAUGACUUAAAUGAAGAUAAGUGUAGUUUCUAAAGAACAUGUAUCAUUAUUUGUAAGUUAACCAUCUGCAUGUCUUCAAGCCAUCUGGCAUUAGCUAAUAAUUUUUAAGAUAAAAAAACAAAAACUUUUUACACUUUAUUUUUUACAAUUUAUUUGCUUACCUAAAUAUCCCAGACAAUAAUGUGACCCUUUUUAUUACUUCAAAUUUAUUUUUAUUUUCCUUUUUUUUAAUUUUCCUUAUUUCCUGUGUACUACAUAUAGGCAAUUUAUAACAACAUGAGAAAAAAUAUUGAAGAAAUUUUAAAAUUGAAAUAUAUUUUAUUUGAAAGUUUAUGGACCUUUUAACCAAGAGCCGGAAAAAUUGUAUAAUCGUAUAAUUUGAGCUGACUUGACGGUUAUGAGAAAUGUAUCAAGAGUUUUAUUUUUUAUGCUUCUUUAAUAAAGUCUUGUUUUUGGUUUCAUUUUUUUACUGUAAAAUAA